GUGGACAUCUGUUUUCACACAACAAAAAUAAACAACCGCACAUCCCGGCUACCAGGCUACAACUGGCUAUGAUGAAUCAAUGCAGCACAGGUUAAAGUAAGGUGGAUGGCUAAAAAUGCGAGCUCCCACUCGACCCGCGGACUGAGUAAAAAAACUGAGGGGGGUAAGAAGAAGAAGAAAGCCCAUCCUUUGGAGAUGUUGCUGGGAGACGUCUUGAAGAAAUCCAGCGGCGACAGUAUCAGCCCAGUGGCGCUAGCUGUUGACGAAGGCAAGGAGGGGAUUAUAGGCCUGUACUUUGCAGCCAACUGGUGCCCCCCGUGCAAGAUGUUCACCCCCCAGCUGAACCUGCUCUAUGACGAGGUCAAGCGUGCCGGCAAACAGUUCGAGGUGGUCUUCGUCAGCUUCGACUACAACGAGUUGUCCUUCAAGCAAUACUUCUCCAAGAUGCCGUGGUUGGCUAUUGACUUUAAUGAUUCAGAAAAACGGGAAGCGGUCGCUGCCGAAUUUGGAAUCAGGGGAAUCCCCGUGUUGCUAUUUAUAGACGCGGCCACGUUCAAACCAAUCACCCUCAACGGGCGGGAGAUCGUCUCGCUCGACCCGCGCGGCGAGAAAUUCCCGUGGAAAUUUCCGGUCAGCAAAAUGUCCGAAUCCGCCUCUAAAGCAGCCAACGCCGUGCCCAUGGACCGCGCGUCAUCGACGAGCUCGAGUUCCGGCACGCCCGGAUCCGACACGGACGCCACCUUACGUCUGAUGUCGCCCAAAACAGGCCCAAAGCCGUCCGACUCCAAACAGGAUGACGUCAAGAAGGAGCCCGGGACCGCGAAUGUCAGCCCCGUGGGGGGUAAGCCGUUGGAGAGCAAGAAGAGACAGUCGGUGAUGCCGGACAGCAAUAAGGUGGACAGCAAUAAAGGCUCAGCGCAGACGUCAAAGGUGGCCUUGAACUAACCGGACAGUGAGGA